CCAGGCUGCGCGGAGCAGUGCGCGUUCCCUACACCGGAAGUUACGGUCAAGUCGUUCGUGUUCAUGAGCACGACAGGAGUGAACCGGCAAAGACGAUAGUUACCGGGGGGGACGAAGAGGAGCCGGUGGAUCAAUUCCCUGGAAUGAAACAUAUAUAUGUUUUGAUUGCCGCCGUUCUGAUAUCAUUCAUGUAACCUUUCUUAUUCUGAACCUCCCAGCCAGAGGCGGACGUGCGGGUGUUAAAGGGCCCUGACUAUUUCCGAGGAAGGAGUGUGUUGUGGCUGUCCAGUUCUUGGACUGACCCCGGCGUGUGUGUGUGUGAGCAGUUCUCCCUAUGUGUGUCACAAUGGGGGACAUCAGCGACCUGGACCGACAGAUAGAGCAGCUCAGACGCUGUGAGCUCAUUAAAGAAAACGAAGUCAAAGCACUGUGUGCCAAAGCCAGAGAGAUUUUGGUGGAAGAAAGCAAUGUUCAGAGAGUAGACUCUCCUGUCACGGUGUGUGGUGAUAUACAUGGUCAGUUCUAUGACUUGAAGGAGCUGUUUAGAGUGGGUGGCGACGUCCCAGAGACAAAUUACCUCUUCAUGGGCGACUUUGUGGACAGAGGCUUCUACAGUGUGGAGACGUUCCUGCUUCUCCUAGCUCUUAAGGUGCGCUACCCGGACAGGAUAACCUUGAUCCGGGGGAACCACGAGUCCCGGCAAAUCACCCAGGUCUACGGCUUCUACGACGAGUGCCUCCGCAAGUACGGCUCGGUCACGGUCUGGAGGUACUGCACGGAGAUAUUCGACUACCUGUCCCUCUCCGCCAUCAUCGACGGCAAGAUCUUCUGUGUGCACGGCGGCCUGUCUCCAUCCAUUCAGACACUGGACCAGAUCCGGACCAUUGACAGAAAACAGGAAGUUCCCCAUGAUGGGCCCAUGUGUGACCUCCUGUGGUCAGACCCUGAAGACACCACAGGGUGGGGGGUGAGUCCCAGAGGCGCCGGCUACCUGUUCGGCAGCGACGUGGUGGCGCAGUUCAACGCCGCCAACGACAUUCACAUGAUCUGUCGAGCACACCAGCUGGUCAUGGAGGGCUACAAGUGGCACUUCAACGAGACGGUGCUCACCGUGUGGUCGGCGCCCAACUACUGCUACAGGUGCGGCAACGUGGCGGCCAUCUUGGAGCUGGACGAGCAUCUACAGCGGGAGUUCAUCAUAUUCGAGGCAGCGCCGCAGGAGACCAGAGGCAUCCCCUCCAAGAAGCCUGUAGCAGACUAUUUCCUGUGAAGUCUCUCCGAGCGGACAGCCACGAUGUGUCGGGAAAAAAACAGCCCCUCCGGUACCAUUUCACACCAGCCGCCCUCCUCCAUCAUCCUGUCAGACUGAACAGUUUGACAAAAACAACAAAAAACUGCCAAACAACCCCUCCCCCUCCCCCUCUUGCGAAGCCGCAUGUGGCUUCAGCUUUGGGAGAGCUGGGUUUCUGCCGCGCUGCCCGGAGGCUGACGGAGCAGUCACUGUGAAGGGUGGACGCUGGGCCUCACGACUGUUGUCACUUCUCCAUCGUUUCCUUUCUCCCCUCGGCCUCCUCUUCCAUUUCUCCUUCCUCCCGCUUUAGAUACGACCCCCCUCGACCGACCUGAGCUUCACCACUCUGGUAGUGUUGUUUUUUUUCGUCAUUUAGUUUUUAGAAGUAUCUGGAAAGAGUUUUUUUUUUUUUUUCCUCUUCAUUUUUAAAUAUUUGCAGAUGUAGGAAGUUAAACAAUCAUUUAAAGGGAAAUGUUUGCUGAUUUUCCACCAGUCAGUGUGUAUGUGUGUGUGUGUGUGUGUGUGGGUGGGAGGGAGGCAGAACGGCGACCCGGAACUGUGAUCACACACACAGCCGGUUGAAAAUCGGCAAAGUGUCCCUCGAGGAAUUCCUUCAAUGCAUACAUUUUCUUUGCUUUUUUCGAUUUUUGUAUAAUUGUUGCUGCCAGGAUUAAAUGCAAGAUGAUGUUAUUCCCCCACUUCUUUUGCUCUUAUGUUUCUGUUUAACAGUUAUGUGCGUCACUAUUUAACACACGCAGCGCUGCUGCUGCUCAGCGCCUGGCCGACAGGAGUCACUAUACUCAUCAUCGUUUUCUCUCUUAAUUCCUUUUAAUCUACAAAUCACUGUAGGUCUGUCAAUUUUGAUAUUGUGAGAAUAAAGUUUUUGUAUCAAUGCUGA